UUUUCGUACCGCCCUUUGGGAUUAGGGGUGUGCGGCUGGCUCGUCCCGCCCCUGCCUCUGAGUGACAGGACCGUGGACAGCAACAUUUCCAGCCGGACACGAAGUUUGUCGGCCUUUGCCUUGGCUGAGCUGAGUAAGAAAAAGCAACCAAGAGCAUUGUUAUUGGUAUCUGGAAUUGAAUUUGCCAGGAAUGCAAGCGCAGCUUCCUCAGUAAAGAUCUUGCCUUUGGAAACAUCUUACCCUUGGCAGCUCUCCAGAGUUCAGACUUGGCAGCAUCAAGGACACAGCACAAGGGAUGAAAUACACAGUUCCUGCCCUCAGAAGUACUGUUUGAAGGGAGAUGGAUGGUUACAGCAGCCAUCUUACUACAGUGUUGUGUUGUGAUGAGAGUAUGAAUACAAAGCUAUCAUCACGUGGAGAAACAGCAUUUGAAUCAGACUGUGUUGGGCUCAUAGAAGGCUUCCUGAGAAAGCAGGCAUUUUGGAGAUCAAAGAUGGGUAGAAAAGAUGCCUCCACUAUAAAACUUCCUGUUGAUCAGUACAGAAAGCAAAUUGGUAAACAAGAUUAUAAAAAAACCAAACCUAUUUUACGAGCAACCAAAUUAAAAGCAGAAGCAAAGAAAACAGCAAUAGGGAUAAAGGAAGUUGGCCUCGUACUUGCAGCUAUAUUGGCCCUCCUACUGGCUUUCUAUGCUUUCUUUUAUCUCAGACUGUCCACAGAUGUUGACCCUGAUCUGGAAGGAGAUGAAGAUUAGCUGAACAGCAAUCAAUGCAUUUAAGGGAAAUAAUUUUACAAAAGCACCCCUUGGGACCAAUACUUUCUAAAGUACUGAAACUGGAACAUCUUGAAUUCUUUCUGCUGGUAUUUUCAGUUUUCAGAAAUAUCUUUUUAAAUAGUUGCAUAGGAUAUCAAGAAAAGAAACUUACCUAGCAAGGGAGUAUAAUGUAUGCUACCGGAUACUUUUAUAAAUCUUUCUACUUUGACAGGCAACCUAUUCAUGGUGCGUUUAGAUUAAAUGGAAAACAGAUCCUAAAUUCUUCUGGUGUCUUAGCCAAUUUAUGUGUAUAACUCCAUCACUUACAGAUUACUAAAUCUAUUUUUGUUCCAUAUACGUCGUAAGUAGAAGUAUAUAUCCUCAUUUACAGGAACAUUCUCAAAUCACAUUCAGAGCCUAAGAAGCAAGGAAAAGUCAUGGGAAAUUUUUCAUUUUACAAAGAAGCCCUGCUUUCUUUCCAGACAUAUUUUAUAUCAUUAGAGAGACUAUCUGCCAUACAUCUACAGUAAUCUUUUUCCUUCUUUGCCAACUGUUCAGUGCACAUGUGCUCCAUCAGAAAUGGCACCUGGAUGACAGAAGCUCAAGAGUCACAUAUGUCUGUAAAAUAGAGUUCCUUUCCUCUUGGGCUGUCUGAACUGGUGUAAAUAGAAAGUUCAGUUGAUCUUGAUUUUAAUUAACUUAUUAUUGUAUUAAUAUAAACUUGGAAUUCUAUUUUAAUUGUGUUGUUCUGGCUGCUUGCGGUGUCAGUUUGCCCUUCUUGUUCGGGAGAUAUGCAACAAUCUGUCAUUUAGUUGUGCAGUUUUGUGUUUUUUUUUCUCACACAACAGUAACAGAAGUCCUACCUACUCAGAAUAAUUUUCUUGGGUUGUCUCUUAAACCUAAACAAUACAAAGUUGGUUUACAAAAUUACAUUUUGUCUCUUGAGAGUUAAUCAGAACUGUUUUGUGAAAAAUAAAUAAUAGAAAAUAUAUGUCUCAUAUUACUCGCAUAUGUAAUUUUUUUGUUUACAUAAAUUUUCAAGAUAUUGUGAAUUUGUUGGAGUAUAACAAUCAAUGUAUUCAAUAUUUUUACCAGUAAUGGAUUUUUAAAAAAUAUUUUUAGAACACAUGAAUACAUAAAGCUUAGAAAAGGAGAAAAUAUGUGUCCACAGCAGAGUUGUUAGUUACUACCUUAUAUAAAGAUGUAUAAAAAAUUAAUAGAAACAUGUGCACAAAGUGUUUUAUAUCAUAUACAUUGUAUUUAUGAAGAGCAAAUAAAAUGUUAAGAUUGUUUCCAUAUUUGCCCAGAGAAGAAAGCUUUGAUGAAUACACUCGAUAUUCUUUGAGACUUUUGCAAAUAGUUGAAUAUGACUGUGUAGCAUUAUGUUCUGUAGAAUUUUUUCAAGUAGCAUAAUUUAUUUCAUCAGUGUGAAAACAGCCCAAAGUUCCAGUAUCUUCACAGAUCAUUUAUGCCAAACAUCUGAGGACAAAAUUUAGCCAGUGUUAUUUACUGGAUUCUACCCCUUGAAAUCACAAACUCAUGAGACAGACCAAGAGUUCUUAUACACUCACCACAGCAGACCAAUCCAAGUGGCAUUUUUAGGAAAGGUUGCAGCAUUUAAUGCCAUGUGGUAUGUCUGUUCGUAAAGUGGGUGGCAAGGGAAUAUCCAAGCUGGCAUUUUGGAUAUGAUGGGCCUUUUCCUUUCCUGAGUGACAUGCCACAUGUCAAGAAAUACUGCUUUUCCCCCACUCCUAUCACAUUUACGUGAACAAUUUUCAUUUAGUUAUUUUACCUCCCAUAUGGUGUUAAGAAGUCAUAUUAAAUAAAGAUUAUUUCUAAUUUCAGUAGUAAUUUAAAUGAGAAGAUAUGUAAUAAUUAUUUAUUAGAUACCUACUAUCCAAGUGAAAUAUAACAGAAUUUACAGUAUUUAAAAUAGAUGAGUAUACUCUUGGAAAUGUCUGAAAAUUCAUUACCUUGAAAAUAAAUGUUACUCUUCCCUUCUGUUCUUGAGGUGUUCUCUUGAGGGAAAAAGGUUGUUUCUGAUAGUAAUAAGUAUUAAUCUAUACAUAGUAUAAUUAUAGGCUAGUUUGGUUACCUCAUUUUAUUGAUAUCCUGAGUCUCUGGCUAGUCCAUUUGUGUAAUUGACUUAUGAUGGCUCCAGAGAACCAUAAGUCCCAAAGGCUCAACUCUGAUUUUAAUAAAUAGCAGGUAAACUGAGACAAUAUAUGUUUAUAUAACACUGUUUUCAUGAAAUGCAAAUUCUUCAAACUCACAUUAACUGGGAAGCAGCCUGUAGAGAAAUCCCAGAUUGAAAUCUGGUUUGAAUCUUUGAAGAUAGAAAGGUGAUAUCUGGCCUACAUUUUCAGCAGACCACACUUCUGAAUAGUGAGUGGUGUUUGGCAUAAAUCUAAGACUGGCACCAGACACAAAUUUUAGGCGUGGGUUUUUCUCCUCCAAUAAUUCACUGCUCAGAGUAAUUCAGAAGACAAAAACAGAAAAAUUAUAAUGACUUUUCAGAAUGUUAGAAUCUAUUUGCUAACAUACUCUGCAGGAUAAAUUUUAGCUAAUGCAGCAGACUUUACAUAUAGCCUAUGGAAUACUGUGAAUGAAGCUUGAAGAGUUGCUUGUUCUUAUUUUGCAUGCAAAAUAAACAUUUAUAGAUUCAUCUGAGAGGAGAUAUUGUAAAAAUAUAACCUCAUCCAGGAUUUCUUUUAAAACAAAUGAACAAAAAGCCUAUCAUAGUACAGUAUAGAGUUUGUUGUUUUAAGGCGGCAAAUACUUGAAGAUUUUCCAUCUUUUCAAUUUUUCUAAAAUACUUCUACCCCAACCAAUGAUUGCAAGAUCCUGAAAAUAUGUUCUUAUUCAUUUCUGUAAUUCCAGUAGUGUAGUGAUCUGCACAUAUUUAAUAAAUGCUUGUCAAAAUUUAAGUUAAUUUCUUUUAGUGCUCUCAGAGUCUGGUACAGUUGCUGCGUGUAAGAGAUUAUCAAAAAUUACUUGCAUUUAAUAAAUAAAACUUAGAAAUCACUAUAUUGAUUAAUUCAGCAUUUAACAUUUAUGAUCAUUGAAUGUUCUGGGACAGAUAUAUGUUUCAUCCUGUUCCUGUUUAAGGUCAAAACAACUAGUGUUAAAUAUGUUGUAGAACAGAAACAUUGAUUGCUCUUUUCUAGAAAAUCAAAUAUGUUAUUUUUAUCUUAGUAUUGUUGAAAACCACCCUGUUUUUAAUUUAACUUACUAUAUAUCCUCACUCCCAACAAAAAUAAAACUAAAUUUUCAUUAUAAUGCUUAUAUUUAUGUGAAUACUAAAGCACUGUAUUUUCCAGAUUCUAAAAUGAUACAGUCAAUGAUAAUUCAGUAAAUUAUGAUUUAUUUAGAUGGGCUUCAGAAAUAAAACUUCUAGAAAUUAAACUUAGAGAAUUUUCAUAUAUUCCAUCCAUAAUGUAAGGUUGCUGAG